UUAGUUUGGUUCCUGGACUCGGAACAGAAGCUCCUGGUAGUUCUAUAAUAGUAGAAGAACGCUUUGUAGCUAUAGUCUCGGCCAUGGCAGCUGCUCAUUCCAACCAAACCUUCAAGAUCGUUGUCCUUGGUGCUCCUGGAGUUGGGAAGAGCACCAUCAUCUCCCAGUUCCUGCACCGGAAGUUCCUUGAGUUACACUGGUUCACCAUCGAGCUGGAACAACAGACAACUUUGAUCGGUAAGGAAGGACGACAAGUCUCCCUCGAGAUCGUGGACACUCCAGGUGGAUACUGCUUUGGGGCAAGAAGAAGGAUUGCAAUUGAGUCGGGUGAUGCAUUUAUUCUUGUAUUCUCUUUGGAAGAUGAUUGCUCGUUUGAGACAGUAGCCAUGAUCAGGGAGGAUAUCCUUCGUAUCAAGAGGAAGAAUAAAGUUCCGAUCCUUUUGGUAGGAAACAAGACUGACAUUGAGGAUCUUAAUCCGACUGAACGGGUCAAUAAUUAUAAGUGUAUUGUUUGUGAACUAAGCGGCAAAAGAAAAUGGUCUGAAGUGGACAUUGCAAGACGUCAGAUAUUCCUGCAUGGUCUUUAG